UAUAAUGGACAGUCAAAUUAUAGCAAAAACUGACAAGACUAUGUUGUGAUUUCGGAAGUUUUGUAGGCACGCUUUAAACUGUUUUGUAAAUUUGGUUUGACAUCACUUUUGAAACAUGCUAGUUGCUACUGCACCUUGAAAAGAAUGUUUCAGUCAUAUGAUCGACAGAUCGAGGUCGAUACAUGUCAUCGAAGAUUUGGAAUACGUUAGCGCAUGGGAAUGAAUUUUUCAGUUUGCUACGCAGUACUUCUUGGAAAAGAUUCAAAAGAACGUGCUGUGCUUAUGGUUACGUGUACUGUGUUUUAAUUGACUAGAAUCUGUUGUAUAUUGCUCGUUGAUUGCGAAUAGCAAAUCGUAGAAGAUACUUCGCAACAAAAGAAAAAGACUGAAGGAAGGUCUUUUAAUAUUGUUUGAGUGUGGCUGGAUAAUUGGAUUCUUUAACGGCAACAAUGGAUCAAGAUAGUGAUUGUGACUUGGAUUCUAGCUCUGAUCUAACAGAGAUAAGUCCAGCUGUUUUGGAGAUAUUCGACAAUAUCUUCAACGAAGCAAUGACAAAGCUUGAAAAGCCAUUGGAAAAAAUCAAAGAAAACGAAUUUGGGCUGAUUUGGCGUGAAGAAUUCGAGCUUCAUGAAAAGGUCAUGAAUUUAGCGGUGUCCUUCAAGCAAAAUAUAAGAGAUUCUCUCGCAUCCAAUCAUGCCGAAGCCGCAACGCAUGUUGAAGGGAGUAUCUGCGACAUGUUUCUUGAGUAUUUAUUCAAUAAGCUUGACGAAUCUCUUCUUGGCGAAGAAUUAUUCAAGUUUUCUAGCAACGAAAUCAAGGAUGAGCUCAAUAAAAAGAUUUUUAGCUUUGAAGAAGACACUUGAGAAAACAUGCAAAGAAGAAUCAAAACCUCAAUCUGACCUUGAAGUCAUGAUUUCUGAAACAGACCUGUUUGAUGCUAUCCACAUUCAUCAUACCCUACUAUGUUGCCAACUUGCGUACAAUUGCAAAGACCCCGAAUAUAGAAUGAACGACCUUGAAGAGUUGGACAAGGAACAUUUACUUAGCAAUGUUUAUGUUUCUUAUGAAAACGAGGAUGUUCCUAAAUAUGUGAUGGCGGAGUGUGGUGAUGUUAUCUAUGUCAGCUUCAAGGGACUACGGUCGUAUAGACCAACUGAUGUGAAAAAAGAAGCUGAGAAAAUCCCUUUGAAGUAUUUCGUCAGAGCAUUUUUUCAAAAGAAACGGAUCAUUUUUUCAGGACAUUCCAGUGGUGGAGCAAUUGCAUCUUUAGUAUUGAUCUUUCUACUCGAGGAAUUCAAACAACAAGAUGAAUCAUAUUUAAAAUCUCGUUUUAAAUGUCUCACGUUUGGCUUAUUACCUGUGGGUGACAGUAAUUUAACACAAUAUGUGGAGUCAAUACCCGGAGCAAAGGAUUGUUUCUCUAACAUUGUCCAAGCUGAUGAUGUUAUUCCAAAACUAUUUGGCACUUUUAAUGGUACUCAACUUGAGAAUCUGUUAUGGGAUUUUGUUGAGAGUGUCAUCCAAGAGUCUAUUGAUACACUUGAUGACCCUUUUUCCGAUGUUAAAAAGUUUUUUAAAAUGAUUGUUGAGAAAGCAAAGCGUGCAAGUCCUGUUCUGAGAAAUUUAACUGGCUUCGAUCGCUUGAGUAUUUUUGGAAUUUAUUAUAUCCUUCAAAAAAAGUCCAAUGGAUCAAAGUUUGAGGUUUUGACUGCAUCAAAGGCUAAAGAUCACUUAACCAUCUGCAAUUACGAUAGCAUUCUGAGCAUAUAUCGGCAAUAUGUUAUUAACCAUAGCCUUAAAAGGUACGUGCACGAAGUUGAACUGGCUUUUGUCAGAGGUCAGCUUCCUGACCUAGCCUGUUACAAACGGACAAGCAACAAUACUAUCGACGCCAAUGAAAUCAUUCCUAAAAUAUCUGGUGUUCAUUUCGAAAAUAUCGGUGAAGAGGUUAUCAUUAAGGUAUCUGGUAACGACAUGUGGUUCGUACACCAGAUGUCUGUCACAAAAGUUGAUUUUGAUGGUGAAAAUUUGCCUGUGGACUUCGUUAGAUCAUCUGGUUCUCAAGUUCAAACAAGAAUAAAGAAAAAGACCAUCAUCUACGAUGAAAACGUAUGUGUUCGGAUGAAGACACAUUUCGAAAACUCCAAGUAUCUCGAGUCAUUUACUGUUCCUGCAAAGACAACGACCUAUUCUAUAACUCGAAGACAACAACAACUUGCUAAACUUUGUCCUUCCGAAGUCAUUGAAUUGGCGUAUAUAAGUGCUCUGCUGGAAAAAACGCACAAAGCUAAUUGCUCUAUUAAAAUGAAAUCCAUCCAAGGCUUUUUGAAAAAUGCUGUGUCUGUGGUGCCAAUUGAAAGUCUUUUUUAUACUAUUGUUGAGAGUGAACUAAAUGUAAUGCUGAAUUGCUGCCAAAUACUGUCUGAUUGCAAAAGUAUUCCAAUGGCAGUUGCAGACUCCGAAUUUUCAGAAAAUGCUAUAAAAAUGCAUUGUUUUAUUUGCGUUCUAAUCAGUCUAUGAUGAAG